CUCACUCACUCACCAACCACGAUACGCCCGACGCAGUUGAAUCAACUCGAGUCCUCCUUCACGCCGCCCAUCACCCACAGAACAGAGAAGAAGAAGAAGAAGCAAAAGAAAGCAGAGGAGGAAGAGGAAGAGGAAGAAAGACGACAAGAGUGCCACUGGUCCGCACCUAGGCAAGAACCACCACCAUGGCCUCGCCAACCACUCGCAACACCACCACCGCCUCUUCCGGCGGAGCAGCGGCACACCAUAACAACAACAACAACCCCUCCUCCAGCGCCGCCCUCCUCCUCUCCCGCCAAUACAAACAAAUGCGCACAGACAAAGACAUUCCCGGAAUUUCCGUCGGCCUCGUACACUCGUCCGUCUUCGAAUGGGAAGUAAUGCUCAUGCUCUCCGAAGACCAAGACGACCUCUAUGGCGGAGGAAUUUUCCGCGCCAAACUCACUUUCCCCCCAGACUAUCCGCAUUCGCCUCCCACGCUGCAAUUCUCGACUCCCAUUUUCCACCCCAACGUCUACGAGAAUGGCGUCGUGUGUAUUUCGAUUUUGCACGCGGCCGGAGAGGAUCAGUUUGGGUAUGAGAGUGCGGCGGAACGGUGGAGUCCGAUUCAGGGACCUGAGAGUAUUUUGUUGAGUGUCAUUAGUAUGUUGGGGAGUCCGAAUGAUGAGUCUCCGGCGAAUAUUGAGGCGGGGAAGUUGUGGAGGGAGGAUCGGAAGGAGUUUAAGAGGAGGGUUAGGAGGUGUGUGAGGGAUAGUCAGGAGAAUGCUUGGGAUUGAAAUGGGCCUUUUUCUUCUUUUCUGUUUUCUCUGGUGGAUAGGAGGAGUAUGAAGGAAGGGAGGGUGGUUGGCAUUUUGGAGAGGAAAGAGGAAAGGGCGGGCGUUUCGAUACAAUAGAGGGCGGGGGCGUCUUGUCUUUUUUUUCCGGCUCUGGCGUAUAAGAGACAAAAUUGCAUGGUCUCAUGGUUCUAGGGAGGGAAGUUUUCUUUUGGUUGUCUACCUGACCAGUUUGGGGAUCACAGUAA